GUACAAUUCUUCAACUUUAAUGCUUGAGAUCAAUAUCAUAUUUUUAUACUUUCAGAACAUUUUAAAAUCUGGACAGAUACUACUGCACAAGGAUUCGAAGAUGAAUUUGAUUCCUACGUUUGUCCUUACUAUAAUGUAUACCAUCGCCGAGGCUGCAGGUACAUGUAUCUUGCUAGGCCUACCUAUGGUUCAUUACCAUGAAGUGCAGAUCUCACAGUAUGAAAACACGAAACAUGACUCCACCUUGUGGCCGGAGACCGAUAUAUUUUGACAGGAUGUUAUGUUAUAUUAGUAUUACGUUUUAUGACGAUCAGACCACUUAUGGCAACCUCUUUUAAAGCCCUGUAUAAUAAUAGUGUACACUAGCAGGAGAUUUUGCUGCAGAAAUUUGAUCGUGUCAUAGACGUAUUGUACGACUCGGUGCUCUAGCCAUUCAGUGUAAAGUGGGGUUAGCCGGGGAGAUUCCUUAAACCUGAUACUGUUUAGACAUAAGACAUAACUCUGUUCAAACAGGACGCAGGCGCGUCAUCGUACCAGCCCGGAGGUAACAUUUCUCCAACAACAACAAGGAAACUUUCCGAACAAAUAAGCACCGGGUUCAGAAAUUGUGACCCGCUGGUUUUAUUAAUCGAACAACUACGUGUUAUUUGGAUCAAAAUGUCACUCAAUUCUAAACCCUAUAUAAGAGAAUAUGGCCAGUGUUGCGAAUCACUGAAGUUAUCGAAGCCUUGGCUGAACCAUGGGAGCUGUAAUGGUGUCCAUUUUCAUUGCUGGCAUUUGUUUUGCCGCACAAACUCUGGGUGACCCCUGUUUUACGUCAUCAGAAAUGACGGCCCUGGAGAAUAAAUUGAUAACGUUCGAGGCGAUCCGAUUAACAGGUUAUGACGCGCAGCCACAGAACAGUUACGAGGACCUUACAAUAUGUGUAGGGUUCAACUUGAAGAGAGGUGAGGCCAGCAACGUCUUCGGGUCAGUCCUGCCCGGAGUUGACUUUGAUUCGGUUUACAACCGCAGUACCUCGCUCACCAGGGAUCAAUGCAUGGCAUUAUUCCGGCAUGACCUUACCCAAAUUUACAUUCCGAGGGCUGAAAUAGUUGUCGGACCUAAAUUGUGCAGUUUUCCGGUAAAUGUGAAGAUCGCGAUCGUCAACGCCGUCUAUCGAGGAGAUUUGAGCUACUAUCACAGAACCGCUGGUUACAUCAGGGACAGUGACUGGUAUUCCGCGUCAUUGGAAUACCUGGACAAUGAUGAGUACAGAAAUUGUCAUCGGCUAGGUAUCCCAGGGGUGUGUGCCCGCAUGGAAUGGAACGCUGAACAAUUCAGGACAAUGGGUUAAAUACAUUGUGAGAUUUAAAUCCAUUUAAUAUGCACAUGUCAUUCAAAAAUGUGAAAUUCUGUCACCUUAUUCUCUUUUACAUCUUUUUGAUUGACCGUGUCAAGUAUAUAAGAUUCAAUGCACAUGUACUGCCUAUAACAGACUUCUUUUUUAUAAAAGGCAUUGCUGUCUUUGGCGGCUUAAGUAGAUCCAAACAUUCUAUUUUAUAAUACUUUUUACCUCGGAGCAUAAGAUAAGAAAAUAAAAGAAUUCAUGCAUGACAAAAA